GGGAAGAGGUUUUUUGUCAUUAGCGGUGUCCCUGGGCUAUUUGGGUUAUUUGGGGAGGGGCUCUCCCGCGAUCAUGGGGGUGGGAGAGAUGUUAGGGUGGGCCAGAUUUCUUCGGGUCAUCAUUUGAGAGAGGCAUUAUGUCUUCAGGUUACUGGGGAGAGAAGAGCUCUACUGGGUUUGAGGGGCAGAGUCUUCUCUGGUCAUUGGGGGUUCCCCGGAUAUUUUGGGGGUGCGGUAUCUCCCCCUGUCAUUGAAGUCUCCUCAGGUCUUUGGAGGGAAGGCAAAAUCUCUCGGGUCAUUGAGGGGUCUCUCCAGAACAUUGGCGUCCACGAUCUCCUGGGUCAUUGAGGGGCGUCUCCUUGAAUGUUCGGUUGGAGAAGUCAGCCCAACGCCUCAGAGCAUUCUGGCCCGCACAGCCGAGAAGCUGAGGCCAGACGGACGGACGGGCAGACUGACGACAGACGGAGGACGCGCUGGCCGCUGGACCCCGCCGCCUCCCCCUUCUUCCUGCUGCCUGCACUUGGAGAAUGAGCCCAGCCUUCAGGGCCAUGGACGUGGAGCCCCGCGCCAAGGGCGUCCUGCUGGAGCCCUUUGUCCACCAGGUUGGGGGGCACUCGUGCGUGCUCCGUUUCAACGAGACGACCCUGUGCAAGCCCCUGGUCCCAAGAGAGCACCAGUUCUACGAGACCCUCCCAGCCGAGAUGCGCAAAUUCACUCCCCAGUACAAAGGUGUGGUAUCUGUGCGCUUUGAAGAAGAUGAAGACAGGAACUUGUGUUUAAUAGCAUAUCCAUUAAAAGGGGACCAUGGAAAUGUGGACAGUGUAGAUAAUUCAGACUGUGAACCAAAAAGUAAGCUCCUAAGGUGGACGAACAAAAAACACCACGUCCUAGAAACAGAAAAGACCCCCAAGGACUGGGUGCGGCAACAUCGGAAAGAAGAGAAGAUGAAGAGCCAUAAAUUAGAAGAAGAAUUUGAGUGGCUGAAGAAAUCUGAAGUCUUGUACUACAGUGUAGAGAAAAAGGGGAACGUAAGUUCCCAGUUUAAACACUAUAACCCAUGGAGCAUGAAGUGUCACCAGCAACAGUUACAGAGAAUGAAGGAGAAUGCAAAACAUCGGAACCAGUACAAAUUUAUCUUACUGGAAAACCUGACUUCCCGUUAUGAGGUGCCUUGUGUUCUGGACCUCAAGAUGGGUACGCGCCAGCAUGGUGACGAUGCUUCAGAGGAGAAGGCGGCCAACCAGAUCCGCAAAUGCCAGCAGAGCACAUCUGCGGUCAUCGGUGUGCGUGUGUGUGGCAUGCAGGUAUACCAGGCAGGCAGUGGGCAGCUCAUGUUCAUGAACAAAUACCAUGGACGGAAGCUGUCAGUGCAGGGCUUCAAGGAGGCACUUUUCCAGUUCUUCCACAAUGGGCGGUACCUGCGCCGGGAGCUCCUGGGCCCUGUACUUAGGAAGCUGACUGAGCUCAAGGCCGUGUUGGAGCGACAAGAAUCCUACCGCUUCUACUCAAGCUCCCUGCUGGUCAUCUAUGAUGGCAAGGAGCGGCCUGAGGUGGCCCUGGACUCAGAUGCUGAGGACUUGGAGGACCUGUCAGAGGAGUCAGCUGACGAGUCUGCUGGUGCCUAUGCCUAUAAGCCCAUCGGCACAAGCUCAGUGGACGUGCGCAUGAUCGAUUUCGCACACACCACCUGCAGGCUGUAUGGCGAGGACAGUGUGGUACACGAGGGCCAGGAUGCUGGCUAUAUCUUCGGGCUCCAGAGCCUAAUAGACAUUGUCACAGAAUUAAGUGAGGAAAGUGGGGAGUGAGCUUGCUGGCUGCACCAGCACCUGAGAGACUCUCUAUGUCCCAGGCACAGCUGUGCUGCGCCAGGGAGGAGGCCAGUAUGGCCAGGCGGUGGCCCCUGCAGCCUGGAGCUGAUGUGCAGAGGCCUCUGUGAGUCCCAGCCUGAGCCAGCCCCAGCCGUGCUUGGAGUCUUUAUUUAUUUUAACUAUUUCUUCAACAUUCCACAUUUGAUGAUGCAGAUACCUCUUUCUUCCCUGAGUGUAAAUGUUCUAAUACAAACCUUUUUGUUAAGUGUAAACA